AUGUAUAAGAGUGAUUCUCCCACAAAAUUACGCGAAGAAAACGAACGACUAAACACCGAAAUACACCGUCUACGAAAAUUGCUAGAAAACUCUCCCGAAGGUGCGGUGGGUGGCAUAGAUCUUUCCGAUUCAAAUAGCUGUGGCGAUGGACAAUCUACAGAUGGCAGUGGUUCUAAUACUCAACAGAGGAUUGAUCGUUUGGAACAGGAAUUACGUUCGGCUAAAAAUCAAUUGAUGUCGCUGCGUAUCGAAAGAAAAAAACUGAGAAGUGAUAAGAAUGAAUUAGUGGGACAAGUAAAACAGUUGUGCGUCUCACUGCAGGAAAAAGAACAAGAACUAAGAGACUUCAUACGUAACUAUCAGGAUCGAGUAAGAGAAUCGGAAAGCAACAAUGCAAAACUAACGGGUGAUCGUGAGCGUGAAAGGUGGCAGCUAUUGAAACAGGCCCGAGAUGAAGCUGAACGAUCAUUGGCUUUGGCUCAACAAUUGAGCGCAAGAGAUUUACAGCUACAAAAAUUGCAAGAACAAUUACAGAGACAAAUGUCAGGAUGUAUGUCGGAUCAAGAAAGUCUUCUGUCGUUUGCUCCGCUCACACCUCCUUCGGCAGCAUCAGGUUUACUAAAUCAAAUGCCAUCGAGCAGUGCCGGAGUGGUGAAUUAUCGUAACGAUGAUAGUGGGCGAGGUAAUUCAAAUUCUCUAUCGGCCUUUAGUAAUAGUUCGGGUAACACGGCGGGCGAUCGUAAUUCAUGUUCAAAUGAUUCAGUAUUGAGAAAUAACAGUGAUCGUGAAAGCACCGGUGGCGACAUUAACUUUAGUGAUGGUAUAUCCGAUAACGGUCCCUGCAUUACAGUCGAUCCGGACAGUAUAUCAUUGGUCUCUAGUCAAAAUAUGUAUCAGUAUGGUACCCCUAAAGAGAGGAGUCCUACGUUAUCUCCUUUAAAUUCAGCUGCAUACUCCAGAUCUGUGGAACAACUGGGCUCUCCUGUUGAUUCUGAUGGCCCAGGAGCUGUUGCUAGAAAGUUUGCUCCUAAAUCUAGCGGUGCUGCCUUAGGUGCACGCAAUGGCCGCGGUGGUACUUGGGGUAGUAUAUCGAGAGUUUUUGCUCGAUCCAGAAAUAAAAAUAAAGCCCUUUCAGCAGAUGGAGCCACCGAAUAUAAUGAUUAUUCCUGGAGCCCUCUUUCCGAAGAGGGUUAUGCCGAAAAGUUACGCCUAUUGCGUGAAGCCUCUCAAAUACCUAUGGAAAGAUGGCGUGCCUCACAAGUUUUAGCCUGGCUGGAAGUUGCGCUGGGAAUGCCACAAUACAGCACUCGCUGUUCGGAAAACGUUAAAAGCGGUAAAGUUUUAUUGGAAUUAAAUGACAUAGAGCUUGAAGCUGGUCUUGGUUUAGCCCACCCUAUGCAUCGUAAAAAGUUACGCUUAGCCAUUGAGGAGCAAAGAAGACCGGAAAUGGUACGUUAUCCCAUGAUAACACAAUUGGGACACACUUGGGUGGCUUCCGAAUGGUUGCCCGACAUAGGUUUGCCUCAAUAUGCAGAAUCAUUUUUGCAUUCACUCGUCGACGCACGUAUGUUAGAUACACUCUCGAAAAAGGAACUGGAGAAAUUUUUGGGGGUGACGAGAAAAUUCCAUCAAGCCAGCAUUGUACAUGGCAUUCACGUCUUACGUAUUGUUAAAUAUGAUCGACAAACUUUGGCUAUGCGUCGCGUACAAUCGGAAAAUGUUGACACAGAUCCUAUUGUGUGGACCAAUCAACGUUUUAUACGCUGGGCUCGUUCCAUUGAUUUGGCCGAAUACGCUGAUAAUCUUAAAGAUAGCGGUGUUCAUGGUGGAUUAGUUGUUUUAGAACCAUCAUUUUCGGGCGAUACAAUGGCAACAGCACUGGGUAUACCACCCUCGAAAAAUAUAAUACGACGACAUUUAUCAACGGAAUUUGAUGCAUUGAUACUACCCGCCAGGUAAAUUAUAGUUUAUGAAAAUAUU